AUGAAGAGUCAUCGAGAGCUCUGUUCAGGCUCUUCCUGUGCAGCCUGCAAGUUGUUGAAGCGAAGGUGCACUCCCACUUGUCAAUUUGCACCCUAUUUCCAGUCCGAUGAGUCGAAUAAAUUCGCGAAGGUACACAAGGUGUUUGGAGCAAGCAAUGUGAGCAAGAUCCUAAACGAGGUGCCGCAGGAACAACGCGAAGACGCCGUGAAUUCGCUUGUUUACGAGGCGGACGUGCGCCUCAGUGACCCCGUUUACGGUUGCAUCGGGGUGAUAGCUUCGCUGCAGAAGAAGAUUGUAGAGCUUCAACAUGAUCUGAUUCUCUCCAGAGCUCGUCUUGCCUAUUAUGUUGAUCAGACUGUUUUGUGUUUGGAUGAUGGAGCCAAUAUGUGCCCUGUGAUCGACAUGGUAGAGCCCUUCAAAGGCAAGGAUUGCUUCUCCUUUGAUCAGUUUACCCAAUAUCCAUUCCCAUAACCUCUCUCUCUCUCGUCCGUUUAUGAGUUUCAUUUUCUUGAAUUAAUGGCAGAAAUGUCAAGGUAUCUAUGUUCACUUAC